CAACGAAAGGGUGUUCUUUGGUAUCCGGACAACCAUUUCACAGACUGGUGUGCCUUAUAGGCAUCCCAGUAAUGCACCACCAGCCAGAGAGCCUGUGAACUCCUCCGAGCAGAAAGGCUCUCCCUGCCCCCUCUCCGCGCGCAGCUCGCUCUGCCCUCCGCCUCCUCCUCUCCGCCCACUCUCGCCGCGGUCUUCUGGCGGCGGCGGCUUUGUCUCGUGGGCUGGUCCCCAGCGGCUCCCUCCCCAACAGCUGCUGCCCGCGGGAGGAAGCCGCGCGGGUGCUGUCCAGCAUCCCGGUGCUGAAAAUCGGAGGGCUCGUCAUCCACCACCACCAUGUAAGGGCCAUGAGAAGGGCUCGUCCUGGCGCAGCGCGGACAUGGAGGAGGACUUAUUCCAGCUAAGGCAGCUGCCGGUUGUGAAAUUCCGUCGCACAGGUGAGAGUGCAAGGUCAGAGGACGACACGGCUUCAGGAGAGCAUGAAGUCCAGAUUGAAGGGGUCCGCGUGGGCCUAGAGGCUGUGGAGCUGGAUGAUGGGGCAGCUGUGCCCAAGGAGUUUGCCAAUCCCACUGAUGAUACUUUCAUGGUGGAAGAUGCGGUGGAAGCCAUUGGCUUUGGAAAAUUUCAGUGGAAGCUGUCUGUUCUCACCGGCUUGGCUUGGAUGGCUGAUGCCAUGGAGAUGAUGAUCCUCAGCAUCCUGGCGCCGCAGCUGCAUUGCGAGUGGAGGCUCCCAAGCUGGCAGGUGGCACUGCUGACCUCGGUGGUCUUUGUAGGCAUGAUGUCCAGCUCCACGCUCUGGGGAAAUAUCUCAGAUCAGUACGGCAGGAAAACAGGGCUGAAGAUCAGUGUGCUGUGGACUCUGUACUAUGGCAUCCUUAGUGCUUUUGCGCCCGUGUACAGCUGGAUCCUGGUGCUCCGGGGCCUGGUGGGCUUCGGGAUCGGAGGAGUCCCCCAGUCGGUAACGCUCUAUGCGGAGUUCCUUCCCAUGAAAGCCAGAGCUAAAUGUAUUUUGCUGAUUGAGGUAUUCUGGGCCAUCGGGACAGUGUUCGAGGUCGCCCUGGCUGUGUUCGUGAUGCCCAGCCUGGGCUGGCGUUGGCUCCUCCUCCUCUCGGCUGUCCCGCUCCUCCUCUUUGCCGUGCUGUGCUUCUGGCUGCCGGAAAGUGCAAGGUAUGACGUGCUGUCAGGGAACCAGGAAAAGGCAAUUGCCACCUUAAAGAGGAUAGCGACGGAAAACGGAGCUCCCAUGCCACUGGGGAAACUCAUCAUCUCCAGACAGGAAGACCGAGGCAAAAUGAGGGACCUUUUCACACCCCAUUUUAGAUGGACAACUUUGUUGCUGUGGUUUAUAUGGUUUUCCAACGCAUUCUCUUACUACGGGUUAGUUCUACUCACCACAGAACUCUUCCAGGCAGGAGAUGUCUGCAGCAUCUCCAGUCGGAAGAAGGCAGUAGAGGCAAAAUGCAGCCUGGCCUGUGAGUACCUGAGUGAGGAGGAUUACAUGGACUUGCUGUGGACCACCCUCUCUGAGUUCCCAGGUGUCCUUGUGACUCUGUGGAUUAUCGACCGCCUGGGGCGCAAGAAGACCAUGGCUCUGUGCUUCGCCAUCUUCUCCUUCUGCAGCCUCCUACUGUUUAUCUGUGUUGGAAGAAAUGUGCUCACUCUGUUACUCUUCAUUGCAAGAGCGUUUAUUUCUGGAGGCUUUCAAGCGGCAUAUGUUUACACACCUGAGGUCUACCCCACUGCAACACGGGCCCUCGGCCUGGGCACCUGCAGCGGCAUGGCAAGAGUGGGUGCUCUCAUCACUCCGUUCAUUGCCCAGGUGAUGCUGGAAUCCUCUGUGUACCUAACUCUGGCGGUUUACAGCGGCUGCUGCCUCCUGGCUGCCCUGGCCUCCUGCUUUUUGCCCAUCGAGACCAAAGGCCGAGGACUACAGGAGUCCAGCCACCGGGAGUGGGGCCAGGAGAUGGUCGGCCGAGGAAUGCAUGGUGCAGGUGUCACCAGGUCGAACUCUGGCUCUCAGGAAUAGUGACUGAUGGGGGACUGAGCUGGUCUUUGAGGCUGCAGAGCUCGGGGGGCUGGUGGGCCCCAACUGGGGCACUGAUUGCCAACAUCAAGAACUCACCCAAGAGUACGACCUGGACCAACAGGGUUUUGUGUCUUGACUCAAUUUGCUCAUAUUCAUUGAGGUCCACCCUGGGAUGGGGAGGUAUUUGCUCUAGGGCGUUCUCUGUAUAUGUGGGGAAAGGUUUGUUCAUAACCUGUGGAUCUGCAUGGGAAAACUACCCAUAUUAGGAGGGUCUGGUGAUGCCAGCAACUAAUCAGACACCACCCAGAAUCACCCGGCCACGCCCUCAGUGAACAACCAAAAGAUCUCUCUGUAGAUACUGUCCAGGCCCAGGCCCAUGUGACACCUGCCACCCACCCACUGGACCUGUUCAGUAGGUUUCUCCCACACCCACAGCCCCAGGCUUUCUUCUUUGAAAUUGCAGGUGAUCUAGGCGUGGUCUCAGCAGCUAUUUCCUGGCAGGGCCCCCUCUGUUUGCCUCCCUAGAGCCUGACCAGUGGAUUCUCUGGCAGAUGGACAUUGUGCAUUCAAACUGGAGCCACCUGCUCCCGCCCAGGCCCCUCCAGAGUUGCCGUUGGCGCCAAGGGAUCCAGAUGUGUCCCUGGGGACAGCUGGACUUGCACCGGGUGACAACCUUAGGAAGCUGUUACCCCUGGGAACUAAGGACUGAGGUCAAAGGAAAGUGAAUCAAGCUCAAGCCAGAGCAGAGGCCUCCCCUUCUGAAGCAGCCAAGGCCAUGGUUGGGCAUCUUUCCUGAUCCCCUCCUUGGUCAGGCUGAAUGGGGACUUUUUUAUUUUUUUGAGACAGAGUCUUGCUCUGUCACCCAGGCUGGAGUGCAGUUGCAUGAUCUUGGCUCAAUGCAACCUCUGCCUCCUGGGUUCAAGCAAUUCUCCUGCCUCAGCCUCCUGAGUAGCUGGGAUUACAGGUGCCUAUCACGAUGCCCGGCUCAUUUUUGUAUUUUUAGUAGAGACGGGGUUUCACCAUGUUGGCCAGGCUGGUCUUGAACUCCUGACCUCAAGUGAUCUGCUCAUCUCGGCCUCCCAAAGUUCUGGGAUUACAGGCGUGAGCCACCACACCCGGCCUAAAUGGUGACUCUUGAUGGGAAAAAAUUUACUCAGGUUCCAGGCACAAAAUCCAAAAUCCAGGGCUUUGGGUUUUGUGUAGAUGGCUGAAUGGGCAGAGAAAGCGAAAGGAUGCUACACCCACCGUCUCAUUCCAUGGGGAUGCAUCUCUGUCCAGGGCCUUCUUGGCCAUUACACAAAGGCAGCCCCUGGGGUUCCAGUCAUGGAGUCUGGCAUGGAGUGGAGAGGGGCAGGAGGACUCAGGUGUGUGAAAUGUGUACGUUUUCAAAGGAAGGGGAGGGAGGCCAACUGGGUUUUGAGUUGGUCUCUGCAGGCAGCAUCACUUCCAGGAUUUGGUUUACUGAAGCCUUUUUUGCCCAUGGUAAAGGCAGGGCACCUAGACAAGGAGGGAGGGAGCUGGCAGAUCCCAUCAAAGGCCGGAGCAGACUUACCCACUGCUUGAAGUAAACAUUGCAAGGAAGCCAACGUGUGCGUUCAUCUCCUAUUAAAACAUGUCAGUGAUGGACAUCGCAAGAGUCUAAGUUUAUUCAUUGUCAUCACGUCCUAGUGACAGUCCAGCCUAUCGGUCUAGCUACCUUUGUUCAUCGGAACUCAUCUCAAUGCUUUGGUACGAUCAUCUCCUUUCCAACAGUGGGGAAAGAUGCACCGUUGACUGCCAACAUUGUGGCUGAGCCCGUUGGAGACAAUGCUUUCUUCUAAUGGUGUGUAGGUCAUGAUGGGGGACUUCUUCAAGCUCAAGUUCUAGAUCAACUGCAAACAAUACUGUGUCUCUAAAAUAUGGAUUGCAGCCCCCUCGGCCCAGGCAGUUGGAGAGGAGGCGGCUUGGCAGAUCUCUGCCUCUCUCUGACAACCACAUUUCCUUGAACCACGUGUGGCUAUAGCUCUCAUUAUUUCUGGACAGCUGAGCUCUCCUGGGUAACACAGAACUGUUGCUUGUCUCUUUUGCCUUCUGGCUGGUCAGAUGCUGCUGGAUGAUCCUGUCCUCUCCCUCACCCUAGAAUAACCCAGUGAGCUGGGGGAAAGAGUGCUUGGUGGGCAGGAAUAUUUCCCAGGGACUGGGGUAAAGGGGUUUACCCGAGUUGAGGGCUUUCUCUACAUGAGAAAAUGAAAGUUAAAAACUCUUUGCCUUCUAAAUAGCCUGCCCUUUUAAAAAAAAUCAAUAUUAUCGAAUGGUACAAGAGCUCUCACAAAAGGCACCCAAACCUCUGAAUACUGAGACCUUUUGCCAAAGACAUUUAUAUCUAAUUUUGAACAAUCCUAUUCAAAAAUCUCCUAUUUUCAUUAAUGGAAAUGCCAUGUUUCUUUCACAGGUAGGAAGGAUCUCAGAAAGUGGCAGAUAUUUAAUGUAGCCAGAGCUAUAUAUUUCUUUCUCUUCAAGUAUUCUCAAAAACAUAUAACUGACCCUGGUGGUGUUCCCAAUGGGAUGAAACAGUAUCUUAGAAAUGGCUUUGAAAUGGAUAAGAAUAUUCAUUGUUUUUAAUAUAAUAUUGAGCAACAGAAAGCCUCGAAUGAUGACAUCAAGCGUCUCCCCUGCCAUUACUUUCAAUGGCAAAAACCACAAUUACUUUUUUUUUGAGACAAAGUCUCGGCUCACUGCAACUCCGCCUCCGAGGAUUAAGUGAUUCUCUGACCUCAGCCUCCUGAGUAGCUGGAAUUACAGGUGCCCACCUUGAUGCCUGGCUAAUUUUUGUAUUUUUAGUAGAGACAGGGUUUCACCAUGUUAGCCAGGCUUUCUCAAACUCCUGACCUCAAGUGAUUCAUCCACCUCUGCCUCCCGAAUGAAAUUACUUUUGACCAACCUAAUAGCAGUAAUCCCAGUCAACAGUGGCUUAAACCACUAGAACCAAAACCAGGCAGAGAUCAGGAAAGCUUCAACGCUCGACAAUGUCAUCAAGAACGCAGCUGCUUUUUGUCUUUCCUUUUCACCGUUCUCUACAUGUUGGCCAUUUGACUCUGUGCUUGAAACCUCGUGGUCACAAAAUGGCUGUUCUGUGCCGGACGACCUAUUUAUUUUUGAAGAAGAUAGAAUGGGAAAGGAGCAGUCAUAAAAGGUUUUCUUUCAGAAGAGUCUGUUGUUUUUGGUUAGAAAAGGAAGUCCCCCAGCAGAUUUACCAUUGCUUCUCAUUGAUCAGACCUGGGUGGCAUGCCGAUCCUAGCGUGCAUCCUGCUGUAGGGCUGGAAGGAAGGGUCUGCCAGUAUCAAUGGAUACCCACAGCCUCUUAAACACAAAACUGGGAUUAUGUUAGUACAGAAGAAUAAUAGCAAUGGCUGUUGGAUGGGCAAUGGUUGCGAAGAGGAGCCUGCCAUGGAUGUGUAGGCCAGAGAGCUCUCAUCACGCUGUUUCCAUUGCAAGGAAAAUAAAUUCUACUCAGGCUAAUUAAAAUUUAAAAAUCAAGCUUUAUUGUAAGACUGGGAUCAGUAGUUAAUUUCCUACAGGAGAACUUCAGGCAAUGCAAAUCAGGGAAAUGGAAAAGGUGUAAAGAACAAGAGCAGGGACUGUAGCAGAGAGAGAAACACCAGCCCUGUCUGCAGAGGGUGGCUGCAACUCCCUUCCACCUGAUGUGCCAUCGUCUGUCCCGUGUGACCAGAUCUUCCAAUGUUCAAGAGAGGAGUCUAGGUUUUUCUGUGAAAUAUCCAAAUAUUAGUGUAUUGGAUCAAAAAUGUUCAAAUGAUGUUUGAGUUCAAUAAAAUGCAUCUGCAGUGAA